AUGUUUAUGCGUAACUGUCCCAAUGGAGACAAGGUUGAAUGGAAGUGGCUUUGCUACUCAAAGAACACCGGCAGAAUCUAUUGUUUUGACUGUAAAUUGUUUAGUUUAUCACGAAAUGCAUUAUCCAAUGAUGGCUUCAGUGACUGGAAACAUGCCAGUGAACGAAUUUCAUCCCAUGAGCAGUCUCAAAACCAUAUUCAUGCUGUGAUUGAGACAGCCAAAUAUUCUAAACUGGAGGGUGGGAUUGACCAUACAAUACAACAACAGAUUGAAGAGCUGACAAGCUAUGGUCAAAACCUAGUUAAACGUUUGCUUAGCGUUAUAAUUUUUCUUGCCGAAAGAGGAUUGGCGCUCAGAGGAGAUGACCAAGUUAUUGGAUCCAAACACAAUGGCAACUACCUUGGAAUUCUGGAAUUACUGUCAGAAUACAAUGCUUUCCUAGCACAACACAUUCAAACAAAGGCAAACAAGGGCAAAGGAUGUACAAGUUAUCUGUCAGCAAAUGUCUGUGAAGAACUUAUAACGAUUACAGGGGAAAAGAUUUUAGAACAUGUCAUCAACCGGGUUAAAAUGGCAAAGUACUACUCAGUAUCUGUAGAUUCAUCUGAAGAUUAUUCCCAUACUGAUCAGCUCACAGUGAUUUUCCGAUACUUAGAAGGAAAACAACCCGUGGAGCGUUUUGUAACAUUCUUACCCUCAACGGGGCAUAAAGGAGAAGAAAUGGCGAAUGCGCUCCUCAAAUUCCUUAAUAAUGUUGGACUUUCCAUACAAGAAUGCCGUGGACAAAGUUACGACAAUGCAAGCAACAUGUCUCUCAUUCUUAACCUGAAUAAAUAUGCAAAGUAUAUACCUUGUUUUGGACACUCACUAAACCUUGUUGGAAAGGAUGCUGCAAAUUCCUGUAGUGAAGCUGUCAAGUUUUUUGAUUUCAUACAAGCUCUGUAUGCAUUCUUUACUGGCUCAACCAGACGCUACAAGAAGCUUAAAGACAAGCUUGAUGAGAAAAACCUCUCUGUGUCCGUGCCAAAAAAGCUAAGUGACACACGUUGGUCAUGUCGUGCUGAUGCUUUUAUUUAUUAAUAUUUAUUUUUGUGUUACUAGACAACAUAGUUAUUUGUUUUAUACACAAAACAUAAUGUUGAUUUGCACUCUUUUACUAAAAGGUAUUAAGUUGACGAGUACUUACUGUUACAGAUCUAG